UCAAUUUAAAAGCUUGGCAACACUGCUGUAAAUACUUCCAUUUCUCUUCGCUGACAUUCGUUCCAAUAAGCGAAAUCCUCAUCUGACAGCAAAGCAAAAAUCUUAUAAGAAAAUUAUUAUAAAUAUUUUUGCACUGCCGUGUUAACGCAAUUUAUAAUAUACGGCAAUAUUUUAAAUUUAUUAUUAAAAUGAUUAAAAAUUAUCUUAAUCCUAGAGUGGAACUCAGUCGAUAAAUUAAGGCGCAACAAACACGGCUUGCAUGGGAUACGUUUUCAAGGCUUAGUGAAAGCAAGUUGUAGCAUUUAAUCCAAGUCAAAUUUUUUGAAAACAAUUGUAAAAAUCAGUCUAAUUUCUAAUAAUAAAGAAGUAACAAAAUAUGCCUUCCGUACGCAAAUAUCGCAGAGAGACUAGUGAGAUCAGCUGUUGCCUAAAAUACCUGCUUUUCAGCAGCAACGUAGUCGUUUGGACUGCUGGUUUAUGUGUGCUUGCCGUAGGAAUUUGGGCAUGGAAUGAGAAGGACAUGUUUAGUAAUUUGGCCAAACUAACAUUUAUAGCGUUAGAUCCAGCAUUUGUACUUAUUUGUACGGGUACCAUAACAUUUAUCAUUGGCUUUACUGGAAGCGUAGGGGCGUUACGAGAAAACACAUGCCUGUUGUCACUUUAUGCAGUCUUCUUGUCCUUGCUGCUGAUGUUCGAAAUCAGCCUAGGUAUAUUGACUUUCGUGUUGAAGGACAAAGGUUGGAUAAAAGAUCAAGCAACGGACGGAUUACGGGCCUUUAUCAUACAUUAUCGCGAAGAUCCAGAUCAACAAAAUCUCAUCGAUUGGAUACAAGAGGAUUGGCUGCAGUGUUGUGGCAUCGAUGGCCCCAAAGAUUGGGAUAGCAAUAAUUAUUUCAAUUGUUCAUCGAGUGCGAUAGGCAGCCGUGAGGCAUGUGGGGUGCCGUUUUCAUGCUGUCGUCGACGGCCGACGGAGUUAAUCAAAAACAAGCAGUGCGGUUACGAUGUGCGGAAGGAAGGAUAUCCGGUGGAGAGACAUAUCUAUGAGCGCGGCUGCCUGCGAGCUGGCGAAGAUUGGCUAGAAGCACACCUCAUCAGUGUGGCAUCUUCGUGCAUUUGUAUACUAAUUGUGCAGAGUUUUGAGAUAUCCAAAAUCAUUUACGAAAAAGGCUGUGUACAAGCAGGUGAAGAAUGGAUUGAGCGUAAUUUAAUUAUAAUUUCAACCAGCGUUAUUGUACUUAUUUUUGUACAGAUACUUGGCAUUUGCUUUACUCAAAAUUUGCGCGCAGACAUAACUGCUCAGAAAUCUAAAUGGCACUGACAUUUACCUUCUUCAGCGGCAUCCAAUAGUGCGCCGCUCCCGCCUAUUGCCAUUUAGGAUAUCUGCGAGCUUAAAUACUAAGUAUGAGUAUAAUAUGAAAACGUAUAUGUGAAUAUGAGGGAAGUAAGAAUUACUAAGUAAACUAGUUAAACGGUUAAACGUAAGCUUUAAAUUUCCAACUAUGCUUGAAAUGUGAGUUACAUAUAUAUGUACAUAUAUACAUGCCUACAGUAGCCAAACAUAGAAACCUAAAUAACGGACAAGAGCAAAAUACAUAUACACAAUUAGUAGAUUAAAUUUUAUACUAUAAUUAUUAUAUAUUUUUUGUAAUUUUAUUACCAUUAGCUACGUCUAUUUUCUAAAACUGCUGUUUUUGUUAAGACACAUGGCAUGUUCGGAGUCGAAAUAAAGUCGAUUCUUAAGUUAGUUUCUGCUUUCUUGGCCGAUAUUUCAUUGAAAAUUGUGUCCAAAAGCUGCAACUGACUUUAGUGUCGACUGCAGUUUGGUUAGAAAUACGCCCUUUGAAUACUCAAUACAAGAAUUGAUUUUUCAUCUCAUACUUUUCUACUUUGCAAACCAAACUCAAAUUGCAGCUGUGAUAACUCUUUUUGUCAGCUUUGAUCAUUCUCAUAUUAUUUAUAAACGAAGCAAAACUCAUCUGACACUAAACAAUCAAACUUAAACUAUGAAGCACACAAACUAUGGUAUAAAAAAUAUUAAAGAUACAUAUGUAAGUAAUAUAUUUUUCCUGAAACAUUUUACAGUACUUAUAUAACUUUAAGUACCGCAUACUGUAACCUGAUAUAUUUUUUGUUGCACUUUUAACAAAACGUAAAAAAGAAAGAUGUUAGUCAAGCGUACAUACAUACAAACGUACAUAUUGCAUAAAUGAAUGUAUAUUUUGAAUACACUCGUCCUUAUGUUACUUGAGCGUGUGUUCAAUACUCUGGAAUAACAAAAUGCGCUUUGGUCCAGCUAACUAUUUAUCAGCCAAGUCAAGUAAAGACUAAUUGUGUAAACUCUCUAUUCAAUGUAAAAGGCUCAAACAAUUGUAAGUAUAAGUCGUAUCAUUAAUUAACGAAUCGUAAAAAUCUAUUUCUUUUUUGUGAGAGCAGAAUAAGUGAAUUAUUGUAUGACAUUCCUUUUAUACACCUGCAACUACAAGUAUACUAAAUUUAAGUAAAUUUAGUCAAAUAUUUGUAAACUAAUUAAUUUAACGAUUUGUAUGUAGUAAAGUAAUUAUUAGCUAGCUAUACGUACAUAUUUAUAAAUGUAGUCAAUAACACGACUAAAUUGGAGGGAAGUUUCUCUUAUUAUGUAUUCACAUACAUGCAUAUGUGUUUGCAAUAAGCGGUUGCCGCAGCGAAGUAAAUGAGAAAAUUUCGCAUAAAAACUGUAUAUUUUUUUUUGCAUCAUUAGCACGCGCACCACAAAUUGAAGUAGAAUUUCAGGAAAACCUUCGCAAGAGAGAUGCAAAAACAGAUAAUAAAAAUUUAAUAUUUUGAUCUA